AUGGGCAAUGCAAGUGCUAAAGCUGUUGAUGUGAAAGUAGUGGAGCCUCCUGCACCAGCCAAUGCUGAGAAACCUAAACUGAAGCCGUGCUGCGCUUGCCCGGAAACUAAGCGAGCUCGGGACGCAUGUAUCAUUGAAAAUGGCGAGGAGAACUGCGGCCCUCUGAUUGAGGAACACAAAGCUUGCAUGAGGAGAAUGGGCUUCAAUAUCUAA